UAUUCCAGAAGGACUAAUCGCUUUCAAGUUUUACUUCAUGGUCACAUGUUUAACCGACGAGAAUUCCACGACCCGCCCCCCUUUUCUCCCCCCUAACCCUGUUAUCAAAGAAUUAAAUCUGGCGAGUAUGCUCGUUUUGGCUGGAAGAACACGAUGAUUUAAGAAAUGAACAGACUUAGUUUAGUAUACUUUAACAAAGAAAAUGUACUGAACAGGCAUCAAGAGCCAAAACAAUCAAUUUGUGUGCGUUCACUACAUGUAAUUGUUUAUAACCACCCACAGGAGUCGCUGAAGCGACACAAGCGGAUACGCCAAUUUCCGCGCCCGUCAGCUUUUCGUUGCCAGUACCUAGGUACCCAAGUGUAAAAAGAAAAAAAAAGCAGAUACAAGAUGGCAGACAGUCAAGCCCACAGCUUCAGCAUCCAGCAGGAGUUCUUCAUCGCCACCAAGCUCGACACCGCGAGCCGUCCCAAGCCUCCCCGGUUCCAAAAUGCCAAGGGAAAGCCCAUCCACAUUCCCCAGGACGAAACAAGCCCAGCGUCCAUAGCAGUCCAUAUAGACAGAGCGGUAGGAACGUUCAUCCGGACCGCCACCAAAGGCCACAGGGGCGACCGUGUCGUUGCCUCGGCUGCUCACCUGGACAAUGAUACGGAGUCCUGGCACUUGCGCGACACCGUCGAGUGGUCGAUAACGCAGCCCCCCGACUUCAGAAUCCCCAAAGUACUAACCGAGCGGCACAUGAACCACUACACAUGGAAAGUCGUAGUCUUCCAAUCGCCCACCUUCUGGGCGACCGAGAAGUCCUUCGCCGAGGUCCGGCGCGUGUACCAGAAGCUCUCGGACACCUUCUGGGUGCUCACGUGCCCGGGCAAGGGGAUGCGCAUCCGCUGCGGCCGGGGCAGGAGCUGGAUGCCGCUGGGCGAGCUGCGGCGCAUCGGCGCGCUGCUGUUCGCCGCCGACCCGAUCCUCGCGCAGCUGCACCCGGCGCACCGCCGCAACGGCAACGCGCAGUGCCUCAGCAUCCGGCACUACAGCAACCUGGCGCACGGGUGGUCCGCCGCCGCCAUGGACCGGAAGCUCGGCACUCGGGGCAGGGCCGAGGAGGCGCCCGAGGAACUCGAAAACGAGAACCAGCCCGCCGUCCCCGCACCCGAGACCCCCAAGCCAACGCGGCGCGUCUUCCGCCGCGGCGAGCUCGACGGGUACACCUUCGACGCGAAGCAGUUCUCCCAAGACGCCCCCGCGGACCUCCCCGCCACCGCCACGCUCCCGGGCGCCUCCCCCGCCGCCCCCCUCGACAUCGUCUCCGGCGCGCGCGAGCUGAUGUCCUGCACCAGCGCGCCCACCCUCGCCGCCCUCCUCGCGCACCCCACCGCAAGCACGGCCUACAGCUUCCGCGCCUACACCGCCCCGCAGUACCGGCAAGCCUCCCCCUCCCGAGCCCCCCGCACGGUCGAGUCCCGCCAGCCGGCCGGGACCCUGCACCCGGACCUCGUCGUGCUGCAGGCGCGCGUGUUCGUGCAGCUCUGCGCGUUCGCGGGCGCCGCGCCGCUGCGGGAAUUCUGGAAGCUGGUGCUGGACCUCGCGAUGGGGGAGGUGUGGGGGACGGUGUACGAUGUCCUGGAUCUGCUGGCGGAGUGUGGGGUCGGGGACGGGGAGGUGAGGCUGGUGGAGGGGGUGAUGGCGAGGCAGAGGAGGGUCGUGGUGGGGAAGGAUGGGUGGAGGGUGAGCGAGAGGGAGAGGGAGAGGGAGCCGGUGGUGGUGACGCUGACGGCGGGGAGGAGGGCGUAUAAUCGGGUGCUUGGGGCGAGGGUUGUGGGCGUCAAGAGGGCGUAUAGGCGUUGGAGGGUUAGUGAGGGGGUUGGGAUAUUCCGCCAUGUUACGGGGAGGCAGCUUAUGUUCUUCGUGCUGUUCGUGUUCGUUGUCUUGGGUUGUUGUGGUUUAUUCGAAUAGGGGGCAUUGGAGCAUAUGGUAUCAUUGCCGGCAUAUGCUAUGGAUCUGCUACCGAGUCGGGAAAUUGCAAGCACGAGGGUGAGGUGAGAAAGGCUCUAAGCUCAGGGGUUGAGGCUGUUCUGAUGGGGCUGAAAUGAUAUGGCUGGUUGGUUGGUAAAAGAAUCUGUUGGUUAAUUACUGGUCUACCGGUCGGUAUGUGUCUAGAUGCCUAGUAUGUUUAGUUACUUCUGUUUCCCGAAGUUGAAAUGUUUU